CUUUAUGACAGUAAUGAUUUUCAAGUGUCGAUUCAAAUUUAUUUUUGUUUUAGAUAAUUUAAUAGUUAUAAAUUAAUAUGUUGAAUUUCUACGCACACUAAGGUGCUGUUAAAAAAGAAUUAGUUCAUUGUAAAAAGUAUUAUAUAAAACUUAUAUUGUCAUUGCAAGGUAAGAUGACAUUGUUACUGAAAAGUGUAUGGAGGAAUGUGUUGAGGAACAGGCCUCUCAGCAAUUCUACGAUAAGAUCAAGUCUCUCCUCCAGCAUAUCAGAGCUGACCAUAACUAGACCAACAGAUGUUCUGAUGAACAGCAUCAAGACAGCCCCCAGUCCUGCUGAGGUGCUGGCUGCGGUUCAAAACAAUUUGGGGUCCAUGACACAUAGGCACAUGCUGCAGGCUUUACGCACAUUAUUCGAGCUUCAGAAGUCUAACAGAAUGGAUCCAGAGGCCCUCAUAAAAGACCCCGGUUUCAGUCUCCUGUGUCAAAACUUCAAAAAACAUGUCCGCUGCCUAGAAGUAGGCGAAACGAUUGAGGCAAUCAAGGCGCUCUCCUACCUCCGCGUUCCUGUCGACUCCCUUAUCGUCCAAACCCUCUUACAACUAGUGCGUUACAACAUCAACAUGCUGAAUAUCCGACAAAUCAUGUUCCUCGACUUCCUUCUGUCGCGUUUCGAUACCAAGAAUCAUUUAGUCGACGCGCUCAAACUGGCCCUGCCUCUCGCUUUCCAAAUACACCUUCCCCUGGAGCUGGACAAUGAUGAUCUUCCCCUAUUACGGGACAUGCUCAUGUACUCGUGUUCUCACGACUUACCUGAUAGAUGCAUCAACAAUAUUGUCACGGGACUGCUCCUGCACGACCAGGCGAUCGAUGCCCACAUAGCCAGAUCGAUUAUUUGGUCACUAUGUGAUGUAAAUUGCACGGAGAAGGCAUUUCCGACGAGAGUCCAGCUGCUCCACAUUUGCUGUGACAUUUUAACGGAGCGGAUCGACAGUCUGUCGUACGAGGACGUGCUGAGAACUGCAGCCAGGUUGAAAGGAAGGAUACUGGAGAAACACCCGGAGUAUUAUCAUCAGGAGCUGAUGGAUGCGAUCGCUGGAUAUGUGAUCAAUAAUAACAUUCCCUUUGAAAAAGGGCUGCUUGUUGCUAGAGUGCUGUCUAGGAUCGCGCACACGAAUCUAGGGCUCAUCCAAUACCUGUGCGAGCAAGCCGCAUCCAACCCAGAGACGUUAUCGAACGCGCGCACAAAUAUCCUCUUCGGCUUCAUUAACUGCCUGUCGAACAACAAUUUCACCCCCGAAGGGCGCCAAUGGGAUGAAAUACGGAAGCAAAUAUCCCAAAACCCCAUCCUCAAUGCGAACACUACAGCUCUACCCUGGACGAAAGUGUGCUUGGAGCUCGCGUCCUUGGGCUAUUACGAUGACAAAUUGCUGAGCAAAGUCUUCUCGGAGGAGUUCAUUUCGAAAUAUUUGUCCAGGGAGAACAAUAACUUGGACCACCUGCAGCUGCUAACGCUUCAUGAGGCGGUGAGAGCGUUCCACAGUGAUGGCUACAGCAUGCCGAGCGAUGUGCUGGAGAAAGCCAGGAACUCGUACCCAGUGCACGCGGUGAACGAGGAGCUGGAGAAGUACUUGGUGAAGGGGCUGGGUGGGCAGGAGUAUGUCGUGCGGAACGUGAUGCUGCCCAGCGGCAUUGUUGCUGAUGUGGUUGUGUGCUUGAAAAAUGGCUGCCCUGUAAAACUACCCUCACUCAGUAGCAAUUUAAAAGUACCAUUAGAAAACCUCAAUAUACCACCAGGAGCUAUCACAAUAUGCAUCAUGAACUUCAACUAUGGCUGUUUCUCAAUGAACAGCAAUCGACUUCGCGGCCCGUUCCGUCUUAUAGUUGAUAUUUUAGAAAAACAAGGUUACAUUACAGUUGCGUUCAAUGUCAAUGAAUGGAUGAACGCGCCGAUGCAUGAACGCACCCCAUAUAUCAUGAGAGAAAUAAACUAUAGAUGUGGCGAAAUCGGAAUGAAGCUAUCAGCCACUUGAAAAUACAAUUGACGUACCUACGGUUUUUUGGAUGAAAACGUUGAAAUUUUAGUGAAGAACUAUUGAUUGAAUGUUAAGUUUUAUAGUUGUUUUUAGAUUGAGUAAAAAUGUUGAAGUGGA